UGCGGCCGGCGCCGGGGUGGGGAGUUGUGCGCCGGUCCCUGGGCCUGAGCUCCGGCUCCGGCUGGGGCGCCUGCGAUGUCUCAAGAUGGCGGAGCUGGGCGAAUUAAAGCACAUGGUGAUGAGUUUCCGGGUGUCUGAGCUCCAGGUGCUUCUUGGCUUUGCUGGCCGGAACAAGAGUGGACGGAAGCACGAGCUCCUGGCCAAGGCCCUGCACCUCCUGAAUUCCAGCUGUGCCCCUAGCGUCCAGAUGAAGAUCAAAGAGCUCUACCGACGACGCUUUCCCCGGAAGACCCUGGGGCCCUCUGAUCUCUCCCUGCUCUCUUUGCCCCCUGGCACCUCUCCCGUAGGCUCCCCUGGCCCUCUAGCUCCCAUUCCCCCAACCCUGUUGGCCCCUGGCACCCUGCUGGGCCCCAAGCGUGAGGUGGACAUGCACCCCCCUCUGCCCCAGCCUGUGCACCCCGACGUCACCAUGAAACCACUGCCCUUCUAUGAGGUCUACGGGGAGCUCAUCCGGCCCACCACUCUUGGUACGCCUCUUCGUGGUCCCUUAGUCUUCUGGACUCCAUGCCUGUUCCCGAAACAUUUCAGAGGCUUGAGUCCCGUGGGAUCAGCGGCACGGAUGGGGGUGAUUUCUGUGGCUGCCUGUACGUGGGCUUCGAAUAACUGCCUUUUCGUAUCCUCAGCAUCCACUUCCAGCCAGCGGUUUGAGGAAGCACACUUCACCUUUGCCCUCACACCCCAGCAAGUGCAGCAGAUUCUCACCUCCAGAGAGGUUCUGCCAGGAGCCAAAUGUGAUUAUACCAUACAGGUGCAGCUAAGGUUCUGUCUCUGUGAGACCAGCUGCCCCCAGGAAGAUUAUUUUCCCCCAAACCUCUUUGUCAAGGUCAACGGGAAACUGUGCCCCCUGCCGGGUUACCUUCCCCCAACCAAGAAUGGGGCUGAGCCCAAGAGGCCCAGCCGCCCCAUCAACAUCACACCCCUGGCUCGACUCUCAGCCACUGUUCCUAACACUAUUGUGGUCAAUUGGUCAUCUGAGUUCGGACGGAAUUACUCCUUGUCUGUGUACCUGGUGAGGCAGCUGACUGCAGGGACCCUUCUACAGAAACUCAGAGCAAAGGGUAUCCGGAACCCCGAUCACUCGAGGGCACUGAUCAAGGAGAAAUUGACUGCUGACCCUGACAGUGAGGUGGCCACUACGAGUCUCCGGGUGUCACUCAUGUGCCCGCUAGGGAAGAUGCGCCUGACUGUCCCUUGCCGCGCCAUCACCUGUGCCCACCUGCAGAGUUUCGACGCUGCCCUUUAUCUACAGAUGAACGAAAAGAAGCCAACAUGGACGUGUCCUGUGUGCGACAAGAAGGCGCCCUAUGAAUCUCUUAUCAUUGAUGGUUUAUUUAUGGAGAUUCUUAGUUCCUGUUCAGAUUGUGAUGAGAUCCAGUUCAUGGAAGAUGGAUCCUGGUGCCCAAUGAAACCCAAGAAGGAGGCAUCUGAGGUUUGCCCCCCGCCAGGGUAUGGGCUGGAUGGCCUCCAGUACAGCGCAGUCCAGGAGGGCCAUCCGUCAGAGAAUAAGAAGAAGGUCGAAGUAAUUGACUUGACAACAGAAAGCUCAUCAGAUGAGGAGGAUCUGCCCCCACCCAAGAGGCACUGUCCCGUCGAGGAUCUGCCCCCACCCAAGAGGCACUGUCCCGUCGCCUCCGCUGCCGUCCCCGCCCUACCUGGAAGCAAAGGAGUCCUGACGCCUGGCCACCAGCCAUCCUCGGUGCUGAGGAGCCCUGCCAUGGGCACGCUGGGUGGGGAUUUCCUGUCCAGUCUCCCACUCCAUGAGUACCCACCUGCCUUCCCACUGGGAGCCGACAUCCAAGGUUUAGAUUUAUUUUCAUUUCUUCAGACAGAGAGUCAGCACUACGGCCCCUCCGUCAUCACGUCACUAGAUGAACAAGAUGCCCUUGGCCACUUCUUCCAGUACCGAGGGACCCCUGCUCACUUUCUGGGCCCACUGGCCCCCACGUUGGGGAGCUCCCAUCGCAGCGCCACUCCGGCGCCCCCUCCUGGCCGUGUCAGCAGCAUUGUGGCCCCUGGGGGGGCCUUGAGGGAGGGGCAUGGAGGACCCCUGCCCUCAGGUCCCUCUUUGACUGGCUGUCGGUCAGACAUCAUUUCCCUGGACUGAGUUCCUUGGAUUAUGGAAACCUCACUGUCCGCCAACACGGAGCAGGUAGGCUGUGGAGUCCCAGCGCCGGCUGCUCUGAUCCCUCUAGGGGGCUCUGGCCAGGGGCCAGACAGACCUUCACAGAUGCCUGCUUUUGACCUCCUCACUGUCUGACGAGGCGAGCACCCAAAGGGUUAAUAUUUAACCUCUUUUUCCGGACACUGGGGUCUGUUUUGGCAAUGUUCUUUAGGUGGUGGCCAUUCCUCUGGGUAUGUUAACCUAGGCAGUGGGGGGCCAAUGAGAUGGGAUGUGAGCUGGGAGAAGGCCUGAACCCCCAGCCUUGCCUUGUGUCUGGAGCCUCCUGGGGGAGGGGCGCCUCUCUUGAACCCCAAAUGCCCUCUCUCCUCACCCCCAAGCCCAUGGCUCGGCCUCUUCCUCCUGUCCGUUGUCUCUUCAUGCCCAUUCCGUUCCCUUCAGCCACAGACAGGUGGAAACCCUGAGACGGGCGGUUUCAGAGAUGGACAGAGAACUUUAUUUUGGAUUGUCGAGGUAGAUGUUUUUGUACAUAAAGAAGAAAAACCAAAAUACUCCAAAGAUGACUUCCCCUGCCUCCUGCUUCCAGUGUGACUGAGGAGGAUGUAAGGCCUUAGCCAUGAUCCCCAGGGCUUUGGGAGUAGGGCCUGGCCUGUCGCCUGGGUCUCUCUCUAUUUAUAUAUUUAAGUUCGCAGUGUUUCUUCACGCCAGCCUGAGCCAGAGGCCCAUGGCCCUGUGGUUAGGCCCGGCUCCUUCUGCACCUUGCCAGGGAGGUGGGAGGACACGGUGCCCCCCUUCCCGCUCUUCUUCAGGCUCGUCUAAAGCCUAAGACCUAUGUCGUAAUUUUACUUUUUAUUCCCAAAGUUGUAGUGAAGCUCUCGCCAUAAUAAAGGUUGUGAAUGUUC